CGUGACCUUUGUAAGCAGAGCACUCACUACUAAUCAAUCAAUUAGGUCGUGUCUAAACAGAGAAGGAAGGUUGAGGAAAGAAGAAAUGACUCUGGGACUGAUAAACGCGAAUCCAGUUGUGCAAGCUAAGAAGGAACGGCUUGUUCGUAGAGAAGAUCAAUAUAGAGAUGAUGGUGUUGAUCCUCUUGAAAUCUAUGAGUAUGUAAGAGAUAUAAGAGAUCCAGAACAUCCUUAUACUUUGGAGCAGCUAAGUGUUCUCUCUGAAGAAUCUGUUACUGUCGAUGAAAAGCUUGAUCGCAUCCUGAUAAUGUUUACACCGACGAUUCAGCAUUGUAGUAUGGCAAAUAUAAUUGGUCUGUGUUUGAGAGCUAAGCUUAAAGAAUGUUUGCCACUUCAUUACAAGGUUGAUAUCAGAGUGUCACCUGGCUCUCACGCUGAUGAAGUUUCAGUGAAUAAACAACUGAAUGAUAAAGAAAGGGUGGCUGCCGCAUUGGAGAAUCCUAAUCUCCGUCAGCUCGUGGAUGAAUGUAUCUACUCCGCUGAGAUAUGAUCAGAUCAUUUACUUCUAGUCUCUUGUACAUGCUUCGUAUCCUGGGUUCUAUAAUGUCUUAGAGAGCCCUCUUUAAUCUCAGAAUACACAUUUUACGGUGUUCGAAUGUUGUAUACUACUCAAUAAGACAAUAAUGAUACAUAACCUUUUGUCAAGGUAACUGCAGUUUGAAGUUACCAGCACAACUAGAAAAGACAUUGCGAUAGAUGGUUCGAUCAGGUGAUGAAACCAAUGUAAUUUUUCGUUGUGCUUGACUUUUUUUAAUUACAGUUUUGAGGAUGGAUAAGAGUUUGUAAGAUAUAAAUCAGCUCUAUCGGGUGGCUUUACAUGACUA